GUGAAUGGCAGCGAGCGGACAGGCAAGCGACGGAGCAAGCAGGCAAUCAUGAUACCAAGAACGCCGACCAGCAUGCAAGCGGGGAGGUCGGGGAGAACGCUGUCAGAAAAGCAGAAUUAAUGGUAGCCGCUCGCGCAUGACGGCGCGCAAAAAGGCAAGCGAUCGCCUCCCUUGCAUGCAAGCAAGCUGUCAUGGGCCUCAGUCGACGGGCCAGCCAUACUGUAAUCAGCUACAGCGCUGCGAUCAGCGCGUGCGAGAGGGGUGGGCAGUGGCAGCAGGCUCUAUCGUUGCUCAGCGAGAUGCGGGAGGCCAUGGUGGAGCUUGACGUCAUUAUCUGCAGCGCUGGGAUCAGCGCGUGCGAGAAGGGCGAGCAGUGGCAGCGGGCUCUAUCGUUGCUCAGCGAGACGCGGGAGGCGAAGGUGGAACCCGAUGUCAUCAUCUGCAGCGCUGGGAUCAGUGCGUGCGCGAAAGGCGAGCGGUGGCAGCAGGCCCUAUCGCUGCUCAGCGGGAUGUCAAAAGUGAGCUUGGAGUCAAACGUUAUGAGCUACAGCGCUGCGCUCAGCGCGUGCGCGAAAGGUGAGCAGUGGCAGCGGGCUCUAUCGCUCCUCAGCGAGAUGCGGCGAGUGAAGUUGGAGCCAACUGUCAUCAGCUACGGCGCUGGGAUCAGCGCGUGUGCGAAAGGCGAGCAGUGGCAGCGGGCGCUAUCACUCCUCAGCGAAAUGCGGAGAGCGAGGUUGGAAUCAGAUGUCGUCAGCUACAGCGAUGCCAUCAGCGCGUGCGCGAAAGGCGAGCAGUGGCAGCGGGCGCUAUCGCUGGUCAGUGAGAUGUGGAAAUUGAGGUUGAAGCCAAAUGUAAUCAGCUACAGUGCUGGGAUCAGCGCGUGCGAGAAGGGCGAGCAGUGGCAGCGGGCUCUAUCGUUGCUCGGCGAGAUCUGGGAGGCGAAGGUGGAGCCCGACGUCAUCAUCUGCAGUGCUGGGAUCAGCGCGUGCGCGAAAGGCGAGCAGUGGCAGCGGGCUCUAUCGCUGCUCAGCGGGAUGUGGGAGGCGAGGAUGAAACCUGAUGCCAUCAGCUAUGUCGCUGGGAUCACGGCGUGUCACAAGCCUGGGCAGUGGCAGCAAGCUCUGUCGCUGCUCGGUGGGAUGUGGGAAGGGAGGCUGGAACCAACUGUCACCUCAGCUACAACGCCGGAAUCACUGCGUGCGAGAAUGGAGAGCAGUGGCAGCAUGCAUUGGCGUUGUUGAGAGAGAUGAGGGAAGUAAAGCUGGAGCCCAACGUCAUCAGCUGCAGCGCUGGGAUCAGCGCGUGCGAGAAGGGCGAGCAGUGGCAGCGGGCACUGGCGCUGCUGAGCGAGAUGCGGGAGGCGAAGCUGGAGCCCAACGUCAUCAGCUUCAGCGCUGGGAUUAGCGCGUGCGAGAAGGGCGAGCAGUGGCAGCGGGCACUGGCCCUGCUGAGCGAGAUGCGGGAGGCGAAGCUGGAACCAGACGUCAUCAUGAGCUACAGCGCUGGGAUCAGCGCGUGCGAGAAGGGCGUGCAGUGGCAGCGGGCGCUGUCGCUGCUCCGGGAGAUUGGGGGGGCGAAGCUGGAGCCCGACGUCAUCACUUACAGCGCUGGGAUUAGCGCGUGCGAGAAGGGCGAGCAGUGGCAGCGGGCACUGGCGCUGCUGAGCGAGAUGCGGGAGGCGAAGCUCGAGCCCGGCGUCAUGAGCUACAGCGCCGGGAUCAGCGCGUGCGAGAAGGGCGAGCAGUGGCAGCAGGCGUUGGCGCUGCUCCGCGAGAUGCAGGAGGCGCUGGAGCCUGACGUCGUCAGCUACAGCGCGGGGAUCAGCGCGUGCGGGAAGAGCGGGCAGUGGCAGCGGGCACUUGCGCUGCUCAGCGGGAUGUGCGAGGCGAAGCUCGAGCCCAACGACAUCAGCUGCUGCGCUGGGAUCCUCGCGUGCGAGAGAGGCGGGGAGUGGCAGCGGGCUCUGGCAUUACUGGCUGAGGCGCGGGAGGCGAAGCUCGAGCCCUCUGCCAUGCAUCCCACAACGCCAGCGUUAAGUCGGGCAUGUCCCUCGACGGGAGGA